UCUCAUUGAGUCUCAGAGGGAAAUAAGAGAGAGAGAGAGGCAGCAGAGCAGAACAAAGAAACAAUUCUCUCUCUCUCUCUCACUCUUUCGCAGAUAUAUACAGUUUCAGUCCCUUCUCCUACCACCCUCCAAUCUCUCUCUUCUCUGCCUCUCUCUCUACCAGUUCUUGAUUUUCUGAAAACAAAGCUUUUCUGAUACAAAAGGUUAAGAGCUUUGUAUUUGUGGGACUAAAGAGACAAAACACACCCAUAAAAAGGCAAAAGGCUCCAGAAGACAAAUUAAAGACUGGUCCAAAAAUGUAUGAAGAUACAAUAGGCUGCAACUUUGACCCAAACUCCAUGCCAGAAUCAGCAGAAAGUGUCCUCAGCCUCAACCCUCUUCCCCCACCACCUCCACCACAAGUUCUCAUGCCUUCUCCUUCAGAAACCCACAACAACAACAACAACAGCUUUGCUGUUGCAGAAAACUUGAGACUCUCCAUGGAAGAGCUCUCCUACCCUCAUCAACAAGAUCAUCAUGCUGCCAUGGAAAUUGAGCUCCAAAAUGAACUUGGGUUCAAUCCAUACAGCACCAAUACUGACCAGAACAACCAUAGCAGCCAUUUGGUUUCCUUUGAGCAACAAACCAAUUGGGACAAUAUUCAUGGUGUCCAUGAUCAGAUGCAGCAACAAUUGCAAGAUGGUGCUAAUGGUGCAUACCCACCUACACCUGACCUUCUCAACCUUUUCAGCUUACCUAGAUGCUCACCCUCUUCUGUUCUCCAAAACUCGUCCAUUACCUUCACAAACCCCAACCCGAAAAGCUCCAAUUUUCCCAACUCUUUGGGGUUCCUCGGAGAUGUCCAUGGUGGGAUUGACACCCCGCCAGGGACAGCGAGUUCGGUUCUCUACGACCCACUUUUCCAUUUGAACCUGCCUCCACAGCCACCAUUGUUCAGGGAAAUGCUUCAGUCCUUGCCACAUGGGUACAGCUUGCCAGGCUCAAGAAAUGGGUCUUUGUUUAGUAGUGGUGGGGAUGAGAGAGAGGGGAUUGGAGGAGGGGUUUACUCAGAUGGGAUUAAUAAUGGGAGGCAAUUUGAGAAUGGGGUGUUGGAGUUCUCCAGAGAAAUGGGUUCUAUUGGAAGAGGAAGAGAUGUCAAAGGGACCAAACACUUUGCCACUGAGAAGCACAGGAGAGUCCAGUUGAAUGGCAAGUACACUGCCUUGAAGGAUUUGCUUCCACACCCAACAAAGAGUGAUAGAGCAUCAAUUGUGGGAGAGGCAAUUGAUUACAUAAAGGAGCUUCUGAGGACAGUGGAAGAGCUGAAAUUGCUGGUGGAGAAGAAACGGUGUGGGAGAGAGAGGAGCAAGAGGCGCAGGACUGAACAAGAUGGUGGUGCUGGAGAUGAUGAGAGCUGCAACAUGAAGCCUCUUGGUGACCCUCAUGACCAGUCCUACAACAAUGGCUCUCUGAGGAGCUCAUGGCUUCAGAGGAAAUCCAAGGACACUGAGGUCGAUAUCCGCAUUAUCGAUGAUGAAGUUACGAUCAAACUGGUUCAGAGGAAGAAGAUCAAUCUGUUGCUGUAUGUGUCCAAGCUUCUUGAUGAGCUGCAGCUUGAUCUGCAUCAUGUUGCUGGUGGACACAUUGGAAAUUCCUACAGCUUCUUGUUCAACACCAAGAUGUAUGAAGGGUCAUCUUUGUAUGCAAGUGCUAUAGCCCAAAAGCUCAUUGAGGUUCUGGACAUACAAUAUGCAGCAGUUCCACCUACCAACAGUUUUUAGGGAGGCAUGAGUUAUUUUAAUAGAUACUUUCUCUGUUGUUGAUCUUACUAUAUGAUGCUGAAUUUUAAAAGUAGACAAUAAACUUGGUGUGACAGAAGCAUGAAAUAGAACAUAUAGGACUUAUAUAUU